AUGAUAGACGAGCCCAAUGCAGCUGGUAACCUUCCCAGCCAAAAAGAGAAUGCUGUCUGUGAUGAGACUGUGCCUGAGUCUGCUGUGCAGAAUGGCAGCUGUGUGAGAAAUGGCAACCUGAAAACACCAAGAGAGAAACGGAAGGUCCGAGAACAGUGUGAAAACGUGAGGAGAAAUUCUUCCAGUAGCAGAAGAGUGAGCCAGCUGCAGAAUGGCGAAGUGGUUGAGGCAGUUACAUUGUUUGAAGUGGUUAGCAUGGGGAAGCAGGCCAUGCAGUCUGUAGUAGAUGACUGGGUUGAAGCUUAUAAACAAGACAGGAAUGUGGCACUUUUAGAUCUGAUCAACUUCUUCAUUCAGUGCUCAGGCUGUCAAGGCAUGGUAACAGCAGAGAUGUUUCAAAGUUUGCAGAAGAAAGAUGUCAUGCAAAAAAUGACAGAGACCUUUGAUGAGGAGACUGGGUUGCAGUACAAGAAAUUCGUGGCAUAUCCUUGGAUCCUGACGGUUACUUGGCCAGUGGAUAUGGACAAUGAAGACUACCCGCUGAUCAGAACAGGACCCUAUUGGAAAAAGUUCAAGGCCAAUUUCUGUGAAUUUAUUGCAGUACUUGUCCAACAGUGCCAGUGCAGCAUUCUGUAUGAUAGCUACUUGAUGGACACUAUCAUCUCGCUGCUUACAGGCUUAGCAGACUCCAUGGUCAGAGCAUUUAGACAUACAAGCACUUUGGCAGCAAUGAAACUUCUGACAGCAGUUGUAAGCGUACAUCUGAACCUUGAUGUCAACAAGCACAAUGCUCAAAGAUUAUAUGAGGUGGAGAAGAAGAGGAUAAGUGGCAAGAGGACCAAUUAUAGACUUGACCAACUAGAGAGAAAAAGGAAAGAGUAUGAGCAUAAGCUCCUAGAGAUACAGAACAUGAUGAACGCUAUUUUCAAAGGGACAUUUCUAAACCGUUACCGUGAUGUGAUCCCCGAGAUCCGAGCCACUUGCAUUGAAGAAAUUGGUAGCUGGAUUAAAACAUACCCAGAUGCUUUUUUAAAUGAUAGCUACUUAAAAUACAUUGGGUGGAUGCUGUAUGAUAAGCAAGCUGAAGUGCGGUUGAAGUGUCUUCUGGGACUGCAGGGAAUUUAUAGCAGAAAAGAACUUGUUUCCAGGAUGGAUCUCUUUACUAGCAGAUUCAAGGAUCGAAUUGUGUCCAUGCCUCUGGACAAGGACCAUGAAGUAGCAGUUCAAGCCAUGAAACUCUUGAUGCUUAUGUCACAGAACUGUGAGGAUGUGUUAUCAGCUGAAGACUGUGAAACGUUAUACCAAUUUGUUUAUACCACACACCGUCCACUUGCGGUAGCAGCUGGGGAAUUCCUUUAUACAAGGCUGCUUAGUCAUGAGGGAGAUGAAGAAGUUCAGCCCAAAGGAGGAGGGAAGUUUGGGGCGAGUACUGGCCAGUUGAAAAGACUAAUACAUUUUUUCCUGGAGAGUGAGCUACACAAACAUGUUGCAUACCUCAUAGACAGCUUGUGGGACUGGGCAGGCAAAUUCCUGAAGGACUGGGAGUGCAUGACCACUCUUCUACUAAAAAAUGCUGAAGAAGGUGGAGAAGAACUGAGUGAUGCCCAUGAAAGUGCUCUCAUUGAAAUCAUCCUCGCAACGGUUAGAGAAGCAGCUGAAGGUCAUCCGCCAGUGGGCAGAGGUGCAGCCAAAAAAAUUCUGUCAGUAAAAGAGAAGAAAAUACAAUUGGAAGAUUGUACCAAAAUUACUGAACACUUUAUUAUGGUGCUUCCUCAGCUCUUGGCAAAGUAUUCAACAGAUGCACAAAAAGUGGCAAAUCUUCUGCAGAUUCCUCAGUAUUAUGAUUUAGACGUUUGCAGUACAGGACAUCUAGAGAAGCAUUUGGAUGCUUUGCUGAGAGAGGUAAAAGACAUUGUGACGAAACACUCUGACAUAUCUGUCCUUGAGGCUUCCUCCAGGACUUACUAUGUCCUCUGCAGUGAAGAAAUUGCCAUCUACAGCCAGGUGGAUCGUGCCCGAACUCAACUGAUAGAUGAGUUGAUGGGACAGCUUAACCAGCUACUAGAUGACUUCUGGCAAAGGGAAGAAGGAUUUUGUACGGAUGCAGGAGAAAUUUCCCGGAUGCACUCUGCUUUGAGAAGAGUAGCAGCUUUUCAUAAUGCCCAUGAUCUCACCAAGUGGAAUCUGUAUGAUAAGACUUUAAGGUUGCUGGUGUUUGAAAUGGAACACGGGAGUUUGCCUGUUCUGGUGAUCCUGCCAGCUCUCCAGUGCACGUAUUUUUCUCUCCUGUGGAAACUAGCUGCAGUUUCAGAAAAUCCUCCUAAGACUCUUUUUGCACUAGGAAGAGAGCUGAGACAUUUCAGUCAGAUUUGCAUGUGCUUCCUCCACCAUAAGGAAGAAGAUGUAAGAGAAAAGGCAUUCAUGAUUCUCUGUGACUGGUUGCUGAUUUUGAGUCAUCAGGAUUCAAAUAAUAACGAAGAAGCAGUCGGACUUCUAGAUUAUCUUCCUAGCACAUCACUUCAGGAAAAACUCCUUUUGUUCAUCCAGGAACAUGUUUUCGUGGAGGAAGAAGAGGAAAGCAAAGACCUGACAGAAGAGGAGGAGAGAAAGAACGAAAGUUGCAAACUUGACGACUUGCACAAAAAGCGGAGUCUUCUUGCAGCAUAUUGCAAGUUAGUAGUGUAUAAUGUGGUAGAGAUGACUGCGGCUGCUGAGAUCUAUAAGCAUUAUGUCAAGACCUACAAUGAUUUUGGAGACAUAAUUAAAGAAACGUUAAGCAGGACCAGGCACAAUAACAAAAUUCAGAGUGCCAAGACACUGAUUCUCUGUCUGCAGCAGCUGUUUCAGAGACACGUAGAAAGCCAAGACAGCAGUAGCAGUGCGGACUUCUCCUCUGCUUCCUUCACAAAUAUGAAAGAACUUGCUCGUCGCUUUUCACUAACGUUUGGCUGGGACCAGGUGAAAUCUAGAGAAUCUGUAGCUAUGAUACACAAGGAAGGGAUUGAAUUUGCUUUUCAAGGAGCUACUGGAGUAGAUGGAAAAUGCUUGCCUCCUAACUUGACCUUUCUGGCAAUCAUCAGUGAAUUUUCCAACAAGCUGCUAAAGCCUGACAAAAGACUAGUGUACGCUUACUUACAGAGGUAUAUAGCAGAACCACUGCCUUGCAGAGGAGACGAAUGGCAGCCGCUGAUUUGGUACAGAAACUCUUUACUGGCAAACGAAGACGAGGAGAGCUCUGCCCUCGGCAGUUCAGGAGAGUGGUCCCCUGUGGGCACGUCUAAGGUGUCUUCUUUUAAAAGGAAAUUGUCUAAUGGGUCUUUGCCUGAAACCAGCCAGACUGAAGCAGCAAGCAAAGCUCCGGACCUGCAGCGUGCUUCGCAGCUUGCCUCUGCAGCAGGGAAAAGCAGAAAGAGGCUAAAAUCUCGAGAGGUGCACUUGCAGGAACAUUUGCCAUUCCUUUGUCCAGGAGGGCUGCGGAGAAGAUACUGCAAAGAUGAGAUUAAGACAGAAGAUGUCUCAGAAGAGGGUCAAGCAGAAGACGUCACUGAAGAUGUUGAUGUUGAUGUGGUUGGUGCAGACCAGAUCGAAAGACUCAGAAUGUGUCUGAUCACUGGUCAGCCCAGGGCUCUUGCUGGAGUGUCCCUGGUUUCCUGUCCUUUUCCAGUCAAGGCUGAUGGGGAAAUUAAAUUGUCCCCAAACCAGGUGGGGAUUUGA